UAGCUCUCCGCACACCAAUAUUUUUUUCAAGCGCUCGCUUUGGGACAGGAAAUGUGAUGUCUCGACUCGUUAAGAAAUCACCAGCGCUUUGCACCGAUUUGCCACUGGAAAAUGGUGACAUUUUGAAAAAGCUUCAUGUUAUGGGUCAGGUUCUCAGAUCUUGUUUCGGCCCAUCGGGCAGACUGAAACACAUCCACAACAACAUCGGAGGGGAAGUUGUGACCACCUCAACGUCUUCAGUGUUACUUCCAGCCAUUUCUUCUUCGACACCGUUUCUAAAUUUAAUUUUAGCCUCCAUUCGCAAUCACAUAUCUCGUUUUAGUGACUGCGGGUUGUUUGCAGCUAUUCUUUGUGUGACUCUUAUUGAACAAGUCAAGCAGUCUGGUCUAAGAGGAAACCAGGCCAUCAGGAUUAAUAAACAUCUGUUGGAUCUGUGCACUAAUUAUCUUCACCAAGAGGAAUGUGGCUGUAAAGUGAAGCUCGACUUGUGCAGUAGCCAAGACUUAAUUACGUUGGCUUGCAGUAUUCUCCGCAGCAAACCAGGCAGUUUGCUCACAGAGUUUGAAGUAUUUCACAUCAGCAAGUUGGCAGUGCAAGCAUUUUUACUAACUGUGCCGUCUAACAACACUGGUUUUGUAACCCUGGGAAGGACAAUAAUUGUGUCUAUUGAGGGUCUUCCUGUAAUGGAAUCAACUUUGUUUCCUGGAUUAUUACUUGACAUUACUGAUGGGUUUGAGGACUCUGAGGUGAAGAAUCACUCAUCUGAUCACCUGCGAGUGCUAUUGUUUAGCACAUCCCUUGCUGGGGAUCUUGCUGAAAUAGGAGAUGGAGCGAUUGAGGUCCACCAUGGCGGUGACAUUGACUCUCAGAUCCUGGAUCACCUCCUCAAGAUUGGCAAACAAGCAUUGAAAGAUGAUGUGAAGCUGUUUGUGUGCCAGAAGGUCAUCCAUCCAGUUCUCCAGCAAUUCUUAAGGAGUCAUGGCAUCAUUGUUGUGGAGCGAGUUGGGAUCGAUCUCAUGCAGCCUCUUGCUCAGCUCACAGGGGCCCAGCCUGUGGCAACAUUAUACACUACAAUCCCUCUCAAGGCCUAUGGAAUGGUGGGGAAUGUCAAUUCUAGACAUUUUGGAUCCAAGACUAUGCUGCAUUUACAUCCUGCUGAGGAGUCUGUGAUUUGCACCGCAAUCCUCUGCCACAGAAAUGAGACGAUGUUAAAUGAAUUGAAGGUGGCAUGCCAGAAGACCGAACACAUUUUACGACUUACCCUGAGGGAACCGUUUGCUUUACUUGGAGGCGGCUGCACUGAGACCCACCUAGCUGCUUACAUCAGAUACCAGAGUGACAAAACUGGAAGUACAUCGGUGUUAGGCUGCUCACAAAUCGAGUACCUGCUUGGUGUAGACGCUUUCUGCAGUUCACUUGAGUCAGUGGCUGCAGCACUACAGCAUGACAGUGGGAAUUCUCUCAUUGACUUGACAUGCGCCCACCACUGGACUCUUCCAAAAGAUUUGAUACAAAAGGACAUGGAGGCUUCUGUGAGCAGGUGUGGCUGUGGACUGAUGGAGAAUAGAAGCAAGAAGUGGUGUCACUUGAACACGAAAUAUCCAGUAUUCUCACCUGUAUCCCUGUGUAAAGAUGUUACCGUGCAGGCAUGUGUGCUUGACUCCUUUACAGCAAAACUCAAUGCUUUACAAGUUGCCAUAGAAACUGUUAAUGUUGGUCUCGAUAUACAAUAUAUAAUACAAGAUAUAAAUUAA